AUGCGAUUCGAGAUCCCAGAGAUCGUAAUCUCAGAUAACAGUACCCAAUUCAUAGACAAACAAUUCAGGGAGUACCUAGAGGGGCUCAGCAUCUUGCAAAAGUUCAUCUCAAUAGAACAUCGACAAACUAAUGGCCAAGUAGAGGCGGCCAACAAAAUCAUUCUAAAAGGACUCAAGAAAAUGCUAGACAAAAGCAAAGGCUCUUGGGCUGAUGAGUUCGGUUCUGUACUUUGGUCAUACCGAACGUCGCUCCAAACCUCAACCGAAGAAUCCCACUUCAGGAUAACAUACGGUUUUGAAGUCGUCAUCCCUAUUGAGGUUGGGCAAUCCAGCCCUCGAAGGACCUUAGGAGGACACGAUGAAGACACAGAGUAA